CUCAUGAGGCCACUAGGUGGAGUCGUUCACUAGCUGGAAGAACCUGAUUCAACAGAUUGGACGUGUUGUGGUUGUGGUUUGGACUAAAUGAAGCAACAAUUUAACAUGAUUUUCAGUUUAUUAACAAACAAGUAGCCGGUGAAGAUCCUGGAUGUGGUUUAGCUUAGUAUGGUUUAUUGAGUUGAUUGUUGUUUCUACUUCAUAGGCUCCUUAACUGCUUAAGGAUGGAAAGUGAAAGUGUGUCUCUUUGAUGAGACUUCAGUGAUCUCUUUUCUCCUCCCUCCGCCCCCCCUGGGGGGAACCAAGAUGAUAUCUUAGACGUUAUUUACAGAGCUCUCCUCAAACCUUUCAUCCUGCAGGAAGUCACAGAAAUAAACUAAACUAACCUGAGAACUGACUGAGCCUCGAACCACAACAUGAAGACAUUGGUGCUGCUGGCUCUCUUGAGCCACUUUGCAUUUUCAGGGAAACACUCCCUGAAGUUCUUCUACUUUGCAUCAUCUGGAGUCCAAAACAUCCCAGAAUUCCUUGCUGCUGCAGUGGUUGAUGAAACUGUGGUGGCUUACUGUGACAAGAAGGUGUACGUCAAACAGGACUGGAUGAACAAAGUGUUUGAAAGUGAUCCUCAGCACCUGGGACGGUACACUCGAGAGUGUCAGGAGAAUCAGCCUUUGUACUUCAAAGAAACCAUCCAUAGCUUGAAAGAGCGCUUCAACCAAAGUGGAGAUGUUCACAUCUUACAGAGAGUGAGCGGCUGUGAGUGGGAUGAUGAGACUGGAGAGUUCAGCGGUUUUAACCAGUACGGUUAUAACGGUGAAGACUUCAUAUCAUUCGACUUGGACACGUUGACAUGGAUUGCUCCAAGACCACAGGCCUUCACCACCAAACUGAGAUGGGAUGCUCAGAAAGCCAGAAUAAAUUUCAAUAAGUAUCACCUCACCCAGGUUUUCCCUGACUGGCUGAAGAAUUAUGUUGACUAUGGAAAGAGCUCUCUGCAGAAAAAAGACCUCCCCUCAGUGUCUCUCCUCCAAAAGUCUCCCUCCUCUCCAGUCACCUGCCACGCUUCAGGUUUCUACCCAAACAGAGCCGUGAUGUUCUGGAGGAAAGAUGGAGAGGAGCUUCAUGAGGACGUGGAACUUGGAGAGAUUCUCCCCAACCACGACGGAUCCUUCCAGAUGAGUGUUGACCUGCAGAAACUUCCAUCUGGAGACUGGGGGAAGUACGAAUGUGUGUUUCAGCUCUCUGGAGUGAAGGAGGAGUCUGUCACCGUACUGGACAAAGGUGUGAUCAGGACCAACCAUGUCACUCCCAGAGACGUGGCCGUCCUCAUCCCCAUCAUCAUCAUCGGUGCCAUCAUUGUCAGCUGUGCUUUUGUUGCCGUUGGAGUUGCUUACAAAAAGCACAGAGAUAAAUGUUCUCAAUCCUCUCCUGAUAACAUCUCAGAGCUCUCUGAGGAACUGAGUCCAGACACCUGAUGGACGAACACACUGAAUGAGUUGCCUUGAUUUGAACAGAGAUCCAUGGCUUCCUGUAAUAAAAGUGAAGCAGUAGCUAGAUGUGUGUGCUUGAUAUGCAAAUGAAUAUAAUUGUUUUAAAAAUCCAGACAUUUCAAAUAUUGUAUAUAUAUUCAUGUGUAUUUUUGUAUAAGUAUUGAAAAUGUGUUUCCUAUGGAAGUUCCUAAGCAUUUAAAAAAGUGUUUUUUAUUUUUUUUAUAUGAUUUUAAGAAGAUUACAGAUUCCUUUAACACAUGCGCCAGUGUCAUAAUUCAAGAGAAGGUGUCAUCUGUCAGGAGCAAUAGUGACUGGAUAACACAUAAUUUAACAGCAACACUGGGCCACCACUGACCCAACUAUUAGCACUCUUUAUUGUGUAUUGAUGAAUGCUAAAAUAACAUGCAUUGCUUGUUCUAUUUGUACUGACGUUUCUCAUUUUCAAUAAAGUCCUCAACCUUUAAAA